AGAAGGUAUACGGUCCUCGAUUUUCUCACAGAGAAUCGCCCCCAUCUCCAUUCCCUCCUUUCCCCCUACAUUCUCUCUGGUUCCCUCCUUCGUCACACUUGUCACCGUCCAUGGGGACAGCCAAGGGAUCCUUCUUCCUGUUGAUUCAGCAGUCAUCAUAGCUCAUUCAACUCAGCCGACUGAAUCAGCUGCCGGCGGAGGAGGAGAAGGGAAAAGCUGAAGAGAUCCCCAAUUCCCCCAGCCCCCUCUCAUGGAUGACAUCAACGACCUCUUUUUCUCCGCCCCUGCCGACGACCACCGUAAUCACAGUCACGAUGCCGCCGCCGCCGCCGCCGCCACCGAUUCCUUCUCCUCCUACUCUUCCCCCAAAAUCUUCGACCGAUACUUCUCCUCCUCUUCCGACGACGAGGACGAGUCACGGCCGUCCAAUUCCUCCUCUAUGGAAGCUACCACCAAGCGCCUCGAUUACAUGAUUCAGUUCCUCGAUCGCAAGCUCUCUUCCAGCGACGAAGUUCACAGCCUCCGCAAUUCACUCCCGCGCGACCUCAACCCGACCACCAGCAACAACAACCACCAAUCGUCUACCUCAUCGUCGUCAGCGGCGCUGCCGGAGUUCUGCGGCAGAGGAGGCGGCACCGGAAUUUUCAGGCUCCCAGUCCGAGCCGCACUUCAUCCGUCCCGUCCUCCUAGUCUUGAAGUUCGGCCACAUCCUCUUAGGGAAUCUCAAAUUGGAUGCUCCUUGCGGAACAUUGUCACCUCCAGCUCUCAGCUGUGGGCGGGGAAGGAAGAUGGGGCGCUCCAGGUCUGGCAGUUUCGCGAUUUUUAUGGAGGGACCGAGGAUAUUGCGCCGUGCAAGGAGUCUGCGGCGACGGGAUCUGGGGUUGUUUGUUUGGUCGCCGACGAGGGUAGUCGGGUGAUAUGGAGUGGGCACAAGGAUGGAAGGAUUAAGUGCUGGAAAAUGGAUCUCGUUUCCAAUGGUUUCAAGGAAUGCCUGUCGUGGAUUGCUCACAGAGGGCCUAUUCUCUCCAUGGUCAUUACUUGCUACGGUGACUUAUGGUCAGGUUCUGAGGGCGGUGCUAUCAAGAUAUGGCCAUGGGAAGCGAUUGAAAAAUCAUUUUCCUUCACACCAGAAGAAAGGCAUGUGGCUGCAUUGGCGGUGGAGAGAUCAUAUAUUGACCUGCUGGGCCAAGUCAACCUGAAUGGCUCGUCGAAUGCAUUAACUUCUGAUGUCAAAUACUUGCUAUCCGACAAUUCUAGAGCGAAAGUGUGGAGUGCUAGUUAUCUGUCGUUUGCUCUAUGGGAUGCUCAUACAAGAGAGUUGCUUAAAUUGUUCAAUACAGAUGGCCAGUUAGAGAGAAUGGAUAUGCUACCAGGACAGGAGUUUAUUGUUGAGGAAGAUAUCAAGAUGAAAAUUGUAGCUGGUUCCAAGAAAGAGAAGGUACAAAGCUCAUUUGGUUUCUUCCAGCGUUCUAGGAAUGCGAUAACUGAUGCUGUUCGUCGAGUUGCUGCAAAAGGUGGAUUUGCAGACGAUCGCAGAACUGAGGCACUAACGAUGACGGUAGAUGGAAUGAUCUGGACUGGCUGUACAAAUGGCUUAGUUGUGCAGUGGGAUGGGAAUGGAAAUCGGUUACAGGAUUUUCAGUACCAUUUUAGUGCUGUUCAAUGCUUUUGUGCAUUUGGGUCACGAUUAUGGGUAGGCUAUGUUAGUGGUGUGAUCCAGGUUCUGGACCUUGAGGGUAAUCUACUUGGAGAGUGGGUAGCUCACAGUAGUACGGUGAUUAAAAUGGCUGUUGGUGCUGGUUAUAUUUUCUCUUUGGCUAAUCAUGGUGGCAUCCGCGGAUGGAAUGUUAUGGCUCCUGGACCUCUUGACAGUAUACUGCGAUCAGAAUUGGCAGGAAAAGAAUUCUUAUAUACAAGGAUAGAGAAUUUGAAAAUUUUGACUGGUACAUGGAAUGUAGCAGAAGGAAGAGCUACCCGUGACUCACUUGUUUCAUGGCUAGGUUGUGCAGCUGGGGAUGCUGGGAUAGUUGUUGUUGGGUUGCAAGAGGUUGAAAUGGGAGCAGGAGCCCUUGCAAUGUCUGCAGCAAAAGAAACCGUAGGACUUGAAGGUAGCUCUGUUGGGCAGUGGUGGUUAGAUAUGAUAGACAAAGUAUUGGAUGAAGGGUCAACAUUUGAACGUGUUGGUAAUAGGCAGCUCGCAGGCUUGCUUAUCUCUGUAUGGGUUAGAAGUAAUCUUAAACCCCAUGUUGGAGAUGUUGAUGCUGCCGCUGUCCCAUGUGGAUUUGGGCGUGCAAUUGGUAAUAAGGGAGCAGUCGGUUUGAGGAUUAGAGUUUUUGAUCGGAUUAUGUGUUUUGUAAAUUGUCACUUUGCUGCACAUCUAGAAGCUGUAGGGCGUCGUAAUGCUGACUUUAACCAUGUUUAUCGGACGAUGUCAUUUGGCCGGCCGUCUAACCUCUUCAACACUACAGCAGCUGGUAUGGUGCCGUUCCUGCUCUUGUCUUGCUCGAUUGCCUGCUCAAUGUGUUUAUUUUGGCUUGUUCAUAGAUCUGGAUUGCUAUUGCUCCUUUCUGUUGCAGUUGGUACUUCAUCUGCUGCCCAAAUGCUUCGUGGUGCAAAUGUUGUCAAUGCCAACUCUUCAGAACCAAUCCCGGAGCUAUCUGAGGCAGAUAUGGUUGUCUUUCUUGGCGAUUUUAACUAUCGGUUGGAUGGUAUUUCUUAUGAUGAAGCAAGGGAUUUUAUUUCUCAAAGGUCUUUUGAUUGGCUUAAAGAAAGGGAUCAGCUACGAGCAGAAAUGGAAGCUGGGAAUAUCUUCCAGGGAAUGCGUGAAGCAGUCAUUAGAUUUCCCCCUACAUACAAGUUUGAAAAGCACCAGCCUGGUUUAGCAGGAUAUGACUCUGGUGAAAAGAAGCGGAUCCCUGCUUGGUGUGACAGAAUACUUUUCCGUGACAACCGGUCAGCUGGAGUGUCUGAAUGCAGCUUGGAGUGCCCUGUUGUCUGUUUUGUAUCACAGUAUGAUGCUUGCAUGGAUGUGACAGAUAGUGAUCACAAGCCUGUACGUUGCAUCUUUAGUGUUGAUGUUGCUCGAGUGGAUGAGUCGGUGAGAAGGCAAGAACUUGGAGACAUUAUGAGCUCAAGUGUGGAAAUCCGAUCAAUUCUCAAACAGCUAUGCAAGAUCCCAGAAGCAAUUGUCAGCACAAAUAACAUAAUCCUGCAAAAUCAGGACAGAACCAUUUUGCGGAUAACAAACAAAUCCAACCAACUUGACGCUCUGUAUGAAAUCAUAUGCGAGGGAGAGGCCACAGUUGACGAGGAAGGACAAGCUCGGGAUCAUCGUCCAAGAGGUUCUUUUGGGUUCCCUCAGUGGCUUCAGGUUGCCCCAGCAUCAGGACUAAUUAAACCGGGAAGCAUUGCCGAGGUGUGGGUCCAUCACGAAAACUUUCCCACGGUAGAGGAGUUUGUGGAUGGCGUCCCUCAAAACUCGUGGUGUGAAGACGCCAGAGACAAGGAAGUCAUCUUGGUCGUCCAAAUAAGAGGCACUUACAGCACGACCGAGACGAGAACACAUCGGAUUCGUGUGCGCCAUUGUUGUUCUGGCCAAGCAUCACGAGGUGCGCGAAACGUCGAUAAACCGGCACCGUCGGGGAGUCUUCUCCAUCGGGCUGAUUAUCAAAAUCUCAGCAGUUCGUACGAUGUGGUCAACCACCUUCGGAAGUUGAAUAGUCCGUAGCGGUUAUAUUAAGGGAAGGCAUUUUAUACUAUGUAUGGCCGAAAUUCGUGAUUAUGUAAAUAUGGAAGAGCAUAAUUUUCACCGUUGCAGCAGCAAUGCUCCUUUUUUCUUUUAUCUUCUGCAGUCAGCUCUGCAAAUCUGCAACGUUCUCUUCGGAAUACAGAUCGCCAGCUUGCUUUUCAACUACUGUAUAGAACGUGUAACGAUGUGGGAUUAUGUUGUGCUAUUUUCAGUUUGAGUCUCCCACUUAAUCAGGUGUGUAUUCGCCCUAUUUGGCACUAUCACUAUGCAUUGAACAAAGAACUAUGUAAGGCUCUCAUCUUUGGCUCAUCUCAAUUUGGUUGUUUGUUCGACAAUUUACUCAUAGUGAGUGAUUUCAUA